AUGGCCAUGAUGUCGCCUGGUCACGCCUCCUUGUCAUCGCCCGUCGCCCCUCGCGCCCUCGCCUCGCCCGUCGUUGCUGCCAGCCCGCCCGCGUACGGCAGUGCGGCCGCGCACGGGGACACCAGCAGCGACGGCGAUGAGAGCGCUGGUAGCGCGGGCCGUGUGGGCGUGGGCGGGAGCGAGCACGGCGGCGGCAGCGGCGGGGCCCACGAGGGCGUGGCGGGUGAGUCGCUGCUGCAGCAGCACCAACGGGCGCGGGCCGAGGAGGCCGUGUCCGCGCUAUCGAGUCCGGAUAUAUCGGAUCCGGAUGAUAGCGACGAGGAGGCGGAGGAGCGGGAGGAGGCAGAGCACACGCAGCAGGUGCUGGGCAAGGCGUACGCGAACGUGUUCGACCGCUACCACAUGGGCGCGGAGCUGGGGCGCGGGCAGUACGGCGUCAUCUGGCUCGCGACGGAGCGCGCCACGGGCGAGACUCUCGCGUGCAAGUCGAUCUGCAAGGCGAAGCUGGAGGGCGACGGCGACGUGGAGGACGUGCGGCGCGAGGUGGCGGUCAUGCAGGCGGUGCGCGGGCACGCCGCCAUCGUGGAGCUGCGCGGCACGUUCGAGGACCGCCAGUGGGUGCACGUGCUCAUGGACGUGUGCCUGGGCGGCGAGCUGUACCAGCGCAUCCUGCAGCGGCAGCGGUACCCCGAGAGCGACGCGGCGGUGGUGUGCCACACGCUGCUGUCCGUGGUGGCGCACCUGAACGCGCUGGGGCUCAUGCACCGCGACCUCAAGCCCGAAAACAUCCUGCUCGUGUCGCCGGACUCGCACACAGACGUCAAGAUCGCUGACUUCGGCCUCGCCACCUUCGUUCAGCCAGGUGCGGCACUGAGCGCGAUGGCGGGGAGCGCGUUCUACAUAGCGCCGGAGGUGCUGGCGGCGCAGUACGGCGUGGAGGCGGACAUGUGGAGCGUGGGCGUGGUGCUCUUCAUCCUGCUCUCGGGCCUGCCGCCCUUCUGGGCGCCCUCCGAGGACGGCAUCUUCCAGGCCAUCGCGGCGGGCCACGUGGACAUGAGCGCGGGCGUGUGGGAGGGCGUGUCGGCAGACGCCAAGGACCUCGUGUCGCGCAUGCUCACCCUCGACCCUCGCCACCGCAUCACUCCGUUGCAGGCUCUCAAUCACCGCUGGUUGAAGGAGCACUGUGGCAACCUCACCAGCGUGCCCCCCUCGCUGCCCGCUACGUCCACCUCUGCUGCCAGUACCACCGAACUUACUCCUAACCCUCCCGGGGGGGAUAAGUCUGAGUUGAUGGAGCUGUUGCAGCAGCAGAUGAACAUGAAGAGCAGGGGCCGCGUGGGCAAGAAGAAAGGCAAAGCCUCUGACGCACGCGCAGCAACUGCUGCUGCUUCUGCCUCCGGCAACAGCGGUGCCAGUGCUGGGGGCAGGGAGGGGGCUGGUGGGGCCGGGGGCGUGGGGUUGAUGACGAAGCGCAGCAGUGUGGCGCGCCUAGUAUUCGAGGAAAUGCUCACAGAGGUGGCGGCGGGCAGGGGCAGGCGAGGCGCCGUGGCGUCGUCCAGGCAGAAGGGGGCGGGCGCGCCUGGCAGCGGCAGCGGCGGCGGCGGCGGCGGCGGCAGCAGCAGCUCCAUAGCGCGGUCGCGGUCGUCGGAUGUGAGUGCGCUCAUGGGCUUCGCUAAGAGCCCUCACGCCGACCCCCUGGGGUUGCCCGUGCCCGCUGGCGCGUUGCUGCGCGGCAGGCGCACGCUGAGCAGACGGUUUGAGCGAGAGGAGGAGGAGGAGGAGGAGGGAGGCGUGGACGAUGAGGACGAUGGAAGGAGGGCGGCGGAGGAUGACGGGGAGACAGAUGGCACAGGGCAGAGGAAGGUGGGUGAGGGUGUGGGCGAGGGCAGGUCAGAACGGAGUCCGAAGCUGAGCCCUGCUCGGCACAGCCCGCUUGCCCUCGCCACAGCGCGGGUCGGAGAAGGCAGCCGCGAGGCGAGCAGGGAGGCGUGGCGAGUGGAGCGCGAGGGCAGCAGGCGCGUGGAGAAGGGAGAGCUGAUGCAGCUGCUGGCCUCGGUGGAGGUGCACAUGGCUGCAGCCACAGCAGACGUGCCUGCUGCUGCUCCACACACGCCCGCAGCCGCUGCAGCAGCAGCAGGGCAGGUGGGGAAGGGAACUGUACCGCGCGUGUCCAGUGCAGAUGAUGUGACAGGCAAGGCCAAGGCGGGCGGCAAGGCUGGCGAAGGGGAUGCGCGGCAGGGUGUGGGUAGAGGCGCCACUGCGCGAGCCACGCCGCCGCUGCCUGUGGGGCGCGCCAAGACAGACGUGGGGAGCACCGUUCUGGCUGUCACGCCAGCUCCUGCUGCUGCCACUGUGGCGACUGAUGCUGCUGCUGCGGUGGCCGCUGCACCCGGGACAGGGUCAGCAGCAAGUUCAGUGAGAGGGCUGGGUGUGGGAGCGGGGACAUCUGCGGGCGGGGGUGGGGGCGGGGCAGCGAGCGGCAGCAGCAGCGGUCGCUUGUUGCGGCAUCGGUCAGAGGUGGUGGGGCUUAUGAGAGGCGGACCAGACGCUGACAGGGGCGCGCCCACUGGUGCUGCUGCUGGCGCUGGUGGCGGGGCAGAUGCUGGGGGCAGGAGGCCGGGCAGGAAGACAAUGAGCGAGCUGCUGUCGGCUCUGAACGACCUGGAUGGCAUGGCUGCUGGCAGUGCUGCCCUUGGGGGCACUCCUGGCAGCAAGGGCGUGGGGGGCAGGGAGGCACGGAGUAGUGGGGACAAGGAGAAGGAGCAGGGAGGGGAGCAAGGGGGGGACUCUGGCGCUGUGAGCGGUGAGGAGCCUGAGGCGCGGCGUGGUGGCGAGGGGCAGGCAGACAAUGUGGUGCACGCUGCACAGGAGAGUGGCGAGGACGGGGAGAUGGAAGCGUGGGAGUGGGAGGAGAAGGAAAGAAUUCGAGUGCAGGAGGAGAGGGAGCAAGAGACACAGCGACCACUUGAAGCCUUUUCCACCGCAGCAGCAGAAGCAACAGCAACAGCAGCAGCAGCAAUGGCACGGGGCAUGGCAGAUCCUAGUGCAGCUGCAGGGAGUGCACCUACGGCGCCGUGGCGUCGCCUGGUGUCCCUGCCCAUCUAUGCGUCGCCCUCCAACCCCACCAGUGCGGCGCCACCCCAGUGGGGGUCGGACAGCAAUGCUGCCAUGGCACCUGCCAGCCCUCUGCUUGGGGCGCCGGGCCCUGCCGCUCACGCCCACGCUGCUCUUGCUCUUACUGACGGCGAUUCUGCAGCUGGCUUCGCCACCCCGUUAGGCGGCAGCCGAGGGCAGCAGCGUGUGGCGCUGCGCUCUCUCUCCACGCACGCGCUGCGCUCCUCCUAUGCUGCCGGCCUCUCUACCCCGCCACCAGCUGUGCCGGCAGCAGCAGCAGGGGCCAGCUGGAAUGCAGAUGGCACCGUUUCCCCGGGGCUAGCAGGGGAGUGGGCGAAGGGCGGCAGCAGCAGGGGUCAGGGGAGAACGGUAGGCGAUUACGCUGGUAGAGCUGCCACUACCCCGCUUGUGGCACCUGUGAGCGGUGGCAAGGGGCCCAUGGGCAAGGGGAAGUGGGUUGCCGGUGCUGGAGGCGCUGGGGCUAGUGCUGCUCGUGGUGGGGUGGCAGCGGGCGCAGGGGAGGCAGGAGAGGAGGGGAACGGGGCGAGGGAGAGUGAGGAGCGCUUGCGGUCGCCUCGCCUGGAUGCAGGCGCGCCCUUCUCCCCCGCCGCCACGCCCACCUGGGGUGCCGCCAGGGCACGCUUCCCCCCAUCCGCCACGGAGCCUGCUCCCAUGUUCGACCAAUCGCAGCCGUUCGCCUCCCCCCAGCCCUCCCCCAUGCCUGUCUCCCCGCAUCACCACACGGCCGCCUUCCCCCACGCCUUCCCUGUGCAUCCUGACUUCCACUCGCCCAUGCCCGCCCGCCAUGGCCCCACGCCCUCCUUCCCAAAGUCCCCUCGCGGCGAGCCACGCUUGAAGAGCAGUGUCAGCUUUGGGGGCGGUGUGGGGCCGCCGACAGGCUCUGGGGCAGCAGCGCUCCCGGGGGGCCACAUGCGCUCGCCUCUCCAUCGCACUGCAUCCGCCACCGCUGCUGCCGCGCCUCCAUCGUCCUUGGCUGCUGCCCGUGCGCCUGGCAGCAUCACCCUCGCAAAGCCCUACAACCCUCCGCCCUCGGCUGCAGCAGCAGGCAUUGCGGUAGCGGGUUCAUACGACUCAUACGGGUCAGGCACAGGGCUUAUCCCAGACGACCAGGCCUUCUGUCGCCCGCUCUACCCCGCUCCUGACUCCGCCUUCCCGCUCUCGCCCCUCCACCCACACCACCACCCCCACCACGACUAUAACCAUGGGGGGUAUCACCUGCCCGCUGACCCUGGCAGCGGCGCGGGCGAAGGGGGUGGGUACGCCAUGGGGUAUGCGGCGGAAAACGUGAGCUCGUACCGGUCUUUCCAUCGCGGGCAGGCGACGGGGCACAUGGGGCAAGGAGGCGUGCGGUCGUCCCUGGGGCACUCGCGCAGCAUGCAGCAGUAUGAGGCUAUGCCGAGUGGCGAUAUGUAUGCGAGUGGGGAUGCUGUGGAUGAGUACGAGGGCGAACAGCAGUACAUGGCAGGGCGUGCAGGAGAGUACGGUAAUGGGCAGCAGUGGGAAGGCGAGGGCUCGGGUUACUUAUCUCGGAGAUACAGCUUUGAGAACGGGCAAGGGACAUUGUCAGUUGGUGCUAGUGUGGAUGGCGCGUGGAUGUAUAACACAGGGGAAGGGCAUGGUGUUGCAAGAAGGCGGGAUAGGGAUCGACUGGACAAGGGAGGGAGGAGAGAGCGAGAGGUACGCGGAGUGCGAGAGCUGCAGCGCGCAGCAGAGGUGCCGUGCAUGCCUGUUGGCGCCGCCUCUGGCACCAGGGGCAGCGGUAUUGUGGGUGUUGGUGGCAGUGGGAGUGAGAGGGUGCGAUCUGAGAGAAGGAAGCAGCUGCUGCGGCAGAGGUCACAGGACGCCCCUGUGGCUGCAGCACUGGUGAUGGGGGCAGGAAGAGGGGGGCGCAUGAGUGGGGAGAGUGAGGUGCAUGCAGCGCGCAGCAUCAGCCUCAACACCGUGAAAGCCGCCAUGAGCCGGGACACGUCUGCUGGCUCUGCUGACUCGGCGUCGCCCCUGGAGUCGCCGUGCGUGAGCUGGGCAGAAGAUGAGGGGAUGGAGGCGGGUGAUGGCAUGGGCGAGGGCAUUGCGCUGGUGAUGCGGCGCGAAGGCAUGCUGCCCAUGCAGGGAGCGAGGGGGCAGCAGGGGGAGAUGGACAGCGAGGGUAGUGGGAGAAGGGGCGGUGAGAGACCGUCAGGGAGCGAGUGGGAGGAGAGUAUGGAGGGGAGCGAUGACGAGGCGGUACAGGGCGAGGAGGAGGAGGAGGAUGUGUAUAGUGAGCGGAGUGAUGGCGCAGGGUCCAGCUCAGGGUCAGAGGCGGCGUGGGGACGGGAUGAGGUGGAGAGUGACGGGGGUGCGCGAGUGGGCACGGAUGUGUUGGUUGGCAUGCUGAGAGAAAGGAGUGUUUCGAUAAGUGAUUUAGAUAACAGUGGCAAUGAGGAGGGUUCAGAUGGGUGGAGUGCAAGUGAUGGGGAAGGAGUAGACGCUGAGCUGUGGGAGGGCGAGAGGGAGAGUAAGAGGGAGAGGGAUAGUGACCGGGCUAAGUGCAACGGAGACAGAGUGAGGGAGGAUGACACAGAUUGGGAUGACGAUAGGGAUCGAUACAGAGAGAGGGAUCGAGACAAGGAGAGAGCUAGGCCGAGGGAUCGGGAUCGAGACGGGGCGAGAGACAAAGAACAAGGGAGGAACCGAGACCCGGAGAGAGGCAGGGAGGAUCGAGAGAAAGAAAGAUAUAGGUCCAGGGAAAGUGAAAAGCCAAAGUCAAAGCACAGGGAUAGAAGUCGAGAACGGGACAGCAGGCACUGUGACAGCUCGAGUAGGCACAGGGAGAAGCGGGGAUCAAAGAGCAGAGACACGUAUUCUGAACAGGACAGGCACAGAGAGCAUGGAAAGGAGCGGGCGAGGGAGAGGGAGCGGGCGAGGGAUGGCAAGCAUGGGAGAGGCAGCGAGAGGGAGCGAGAUCGGCAUGAGCGCACAAGGGAGAGCGGAAGGGAGAGGAGCAAAGAGAGACAUGGACACAAGGACAGGGAGAGAAGCAGUGAUCGAGAGAGGAGCCAUGAGCGUGAUGAGGCACGGAGAAAGGAGAAGCGGAAGGAGAGGGAUCAGCAGAGCCGAAGGAAGGAUCCUGAGCAGGCACGCGAGGGCGGUGGGGACAGGGAGAGACGACGGGAACGAGACGGUGGUAAGACAAGAGAGAGACGCCAGGAGAGGUAUGAAGAGAGGGAGUGGGAAGAAGAGCGGGAAGGGAAAUGGGAUAAGGAGGAUGAUAGGGAGCGAAGCAGAGGUUCGAAAGCUGAAGCUCAAUCAAUGGUGGAGGAUGGUGGUGGUAGGGGGAAGGGGAGAGAUAAAGAAAGAGAAAAAAAUCGUGAUAAGGAGAAAGGAAGAGAGAAAGAUCGAGAGAGGGGUAAGGAACGAGACAGAGACAGGGAUAAGGAGAGGGAGAGAGACAAAGGUAGGGACAGGGAUAAGGAGAGAGACAGGGAUAGGGAUAAGGAGAGAGACAGGGAUAGGGAUAAGGACAGGGAUAGGGAUAGGGAUAGAGAAAGAGAGAAAGAGAGGGACAGGGAUAGCGAGAGGAACCGGGAGAAAGGGAGAGAGAGUUCCAAGCACAAAGGCGAGAGGACACGUGAGCGGGACAGGGACAGGGAAGAAAGAGACAGAGAUCGGUACAAGGACGGUAAGGACAAGGAGAAGAGCCGCGAUAAAGCCAAGAGGCUGGAGAAAGGGAAGGAGCAGAACCGUGACAGGGAAAAGGGUGGCAGGAGCUACAAGGAGAAGUAG